AUGCGCUCAUCCUUCCUGCAUGGUGGCGAUGCUGCCUGCCUGGUGGUAAACACGAUAGUAAUCGAGUUGACGCAAAACAUAUUUUGUGCGCACACGGCCAACACGAACGACACAGGUACAUGCGACAAGUGGUCCUCCUCCUCCUCCGUUGGUGGACCCAUUGAGCAACGACGACGCGGUGAAGGAAGUGUUUCUCGUUGUGGCGGUCGGUGGCGAAACCAAUUGAUUCGAGAGUGCGAUGAUUGUGUUGAAUUGACGCUUCAAAAAUUAUUGCGGGAAAUAAAAAGAAUGCGGCGUAGGUCUAGAAUGAAGGUUCUUAAGAUCUUGCAGUCUUUCUCGCAAGGUACAUUCAUUGCUUUUGUGCUGCUCCUUUUGUACUGUGGACUAAGCUUAGCAGAACCUGGCUAUCUGGAUUUUGACAAUUUGCCGGAAACGAAUUUUACGUGCGCCGGCAAAGUUAUCGGUGGAUACUACGCCGACCUGGAAGCGUCCUGUCAAAUGUUCCACGUGUGUACGAUAGGCCAAGGCGAUGAACCGAUGGACAUCAAGUUUCUGUGUCUCAAUGGAACGGUUUUCGAUCAGGAAACACGCGUCUGCGAACGCGUCGAUGAGGUUGAUUGCUCUAAAUCGGAAAGGUUCUAUUACCUAAACCUCGAACUGUAUGGAAAUACUAUCAUCCCUGCACCGGAAGAGAGCAGCUCGGAGGACACCUCCAGCAGUGCUAGCAGUUCGUCGUUGACGACAUCCACGACGACCACAACGACAACUACAACCACAACGAGAAGACCAACAACAACAACGCCAUCUCGUAGAUACAUCUUUAACAACAGUAAAGGAACCUCUUCGAGUGCCGCAACCGCGCCGAACCACUCCUACCCGUCUUCGACUCCAAAAGCACCGGAAGACGACGAAGAGUACGAAUAUGACGACGACUACGAAGAGAAGGGUGGCGAAAGUCCAUCACUUCCAACGAUUCAAGAUGAUGGCACUUUUUCGCCUCAACAAUUCACACUGCACCAACAGAGUCAGACCAGUCAACCAAAGCCGCAGGACUCGGUGAAACCCGGCAGCAAACCGGCCGUAUCUUUCCAGCAGCAACACUUUCAGAACGGUGGAACGCUGGCAGUGACUAACUCGCAUGUAACCGUCACUACACACACUACUAGCAUUAACGGAACCGGUAGUCCUAAGAAAAAUUCUCAACAGUUUAACCUAACACAAAAGGAGAAGGUUAUCCUUGAGCAUCAGAAAGCUCAACAGCAACAGGCUUUCCUACAGCAGCAGAUGCUCGCCAAGCAGCACGAGGAACUGCAAAGGAAGCAACAGGAAGCUGCCGUUCAGCAGCAACAGAAAGCCAUCCAGCAGCAACAGAAACAAGUCCAGCAGCACGAGUCCGAAAUCAAAAACCAUCAGGCACUGCUCUUGCUGCAUCAGCAGAAAAUAUCCCGACAGCAGCAGAAGCAGAUGCCAUCGACGACGCGACCUCCGAUCUACAACCCGUACGUGACCAUUAAUCCUCAGUCGCAACAGCAAGCUCAAGCACCAAAGAGAAUUCCGCUUCUCGCGGCGGAGAUCCCCCUUGGACCACCGGACCAUUCCCCACAGCAUCCGCAGCAGCCGCCCAGCGCUUCCCAGUUGGCUCCCUUUCGGCUGCGGGCCCAGGGUUUUAAGCUUCCCUCCCAGCAGCGGCCCGACUUGCUCGAGCAGGAGGAUCGCUUCGAAGGCUACCGGAGGCAGUCACCCCCACAGGUCUCCUUGCACCUACCCUUUGAACAGCUGCGUCACCAAAAAGACAUAUCGCUUCAGUUUGAUCCCGACGUCGAGGACCUCACCCAGAUCCCGCAGCACAAGGAGCUCAAACGGUCCGAUCCGCCGAUCCACAGUUCGAUCCACGGCAACCACCCUGCCCCGCUACCGGCCGCAAAAAGUGCAAUAGCCAAGCUGCCCGCGUCACCAACGCUGAAAACCAGCGAAUCAAAGCCCGCGAUUCUGGUGACCCCGGAACCGGCCACCGCUAGCUUCCAGGGCGACGACGCCGUCGAGUACGAUUACGAGGAAGACUACAGCUCCGAAGCGGCCGCGGAUACUCCAGCCAACAAUCCUAGUUUAGAUAGCGUUAAGUCAAACACAAAUAGCGAAAUUGUAGUUGCGAGCAAGCGCUCCGGAGAGAAUCAGCUCAGCGUCCAUACGGUCAGUGCCGGUGGCGGCACCCCUAGCAAGACUAGCAUUCCAAGCAGCAGUAGCUCUAAUAGUAGCAAUAGUUCUAAGGGAAAACCCAAUACUAGUAGAUUUAUAAUAAACAACGAACACCACAAAAGUUCACCCAGUCCGUACGGUCGUGGUCGAGCUUCGACAACGGGAUCGACGGUGUCGCAAAGGCGGCCCAGCUAUUUCGCUCAAUCGCCGAAAGUGAUUGUAACCACCAGCACUUCGAUUCGUGACAACAACGGACGAACGAUCAACUAUUCUGUCAGCAGCAGUGAACCGUCGGCGCCUUCGACGACCGCUUCCAGUCAGCCAGUAGCCAGAAGCAAACCCGAAGGUGCGGUACGCUCAUACGAUGAGUACAAAGAUGACGACGUGCUCACGGAUCCCUUCUUCCUCGACGUGCCCAGAGUUCCAGGACGCUCCAAGCGAGACACGUUCCCAGUGCGAAAGCAACGGAACCAGUUCGUGUUUAUUGUUCCUCGGUUCAUGUGA